GUGAUAAACUGGUUCAUAUGAAGAUAUUUUACUUUCAGUUUCGUUGAUUUCAGUGACGUUUACUCUCAGAGUAAAUCCCUAUUGGCUCUGAUCGAGGCUAAUGGUGACGUUUCUCCUGGUUCUCCAUUUUAGCUUUUUCUAGACAAGCGAACACACAAAGUCUGUUGAAGGUUUGGAUGUUUAUGGUCACAAUGACGAUCUUCAUCUUCUUUCUUCUCCUGGGAUUUCAGGGGGCAGCAGCAGUGACCCACUCGCUGAAGUAUUUCUACACUGGAUCCUCUCAAGUCCCAAACUUCCCAGAGUUUGUGUCUGUUGGGAUGGUUGAUGAUGUUCAAAUUGUUCAUUAUGACAGCGACACGGAGAAAAAUGUUCCCAAACAGGACUGGAUUGCCAGGAACACAGAUCAGCAGUACUGGGAGAGAGGGACUGAAGUAAGAAAGGGUCACCAGCAGCUGUUCAAAGCCAACAUUGACACUGCAAAGCAGCGCUUCAACCAAACUGGAGGUGUUCACAUUGUCCAGCGGAUGUGCGGCUGUGAAUGGGAUGAAACAGGUGAAGUGAGUGGAUAUAUGCAGUAUGGUUAUGAUGGAGAGGACUUCAUCAGCUUUGACCUGAAGGACCAGACAUGGGUCGCUCCAAAACAACAGGCUGAGAUCACCAAAAACAAGUUGGACAGUGACAGAGCUACGAUCACACAGUGGAAGAACUACCUCACACAGGAGUGUCCUGAGUGGCUGAAGAAGUAUGUGACCUAUGGGAGGAGCUCUCUGAUGAGAACAGAUCUCCCCUCAGUGUCUCUCCUCCAGAAGUCUUCCUCCUCUCCAGUCACCUGCCACGCUACAGGUUUCUAUCCUAACAGAGCCAAGAUGGUCUGGAAAAGAGAUGGAGUGGAGCUUCAUGAGGGUGUGAGCAAAGGAGAGAUCCUCACCAACAAUGACGGGACCUUCCAGAUGAGUGUUGACCUGGAUGUUUCAUCAGUCACACCUGAAGACUGGCACAGAUACAGAUGUGUGUUUCAGCUCUCUGGUGUGAACGAGGACAUCGCCACCAAACUGGACAAAGCAGCGAUCAAGACCAAUGAAGGAAAUUCCAUCUACAUGAUCAUCUCUGUUGUUGUUGCUGUGGUUGUUCUUGCUGCCAUCGCUGUGAUCACAUUCUUUAUUUACAAAAAGAGGACAGAGAAACGUCCCCCAUCUCCUGUAGAGAACCCUGAAGUCCAGGAGCAAAUGCUUCCUCAAGCCUAAACCACUAACAGCUCUGCACACAGUUUAUGGAUAAACCUAAAGAGGAGCUAAAAGAAGAUGUGGUUCAGCUCGUUCUUCUCAAUAAACUAGAAUUCAUUGAAUUGAUUGUUCACAUCAUAAAAUUUGUUUUUAAAAAAAGAUCUAAAAUCUAAAAUAUAGUUGCAGAUGCUGGUUAAUCAAGAAGUUUGAAAAUGAGUUGGCAAAUGUUUAACAUAAACAUCAUAAUGGUGAAACUAAAAUAUUCUGAAUUUGUUGUUUUCAGUUUAAAAAGAAGUCACUUUAUUUGAAAGAUCUAACAAAGAUGUGACCACCUGGAGAGACGUAAAACACAUUAAAAAAAUAUGAAACAGUGGAAUCAUUACAGCAGUUGUAGUAUCAUAAACCUUUGUAUGUUCAUCUUAACUCAAAAAUCCAAUAGUUUAGUUUUUCUGGGGUUUUCUUGUAAAUUGUUGCAUCACUCAUGAAUGCUGAGAUUCCCUCACUCUCAGUGAUAAACGAAUCAUAAUAUUUUUCAAAUUUUGUACAUGUUUACUUAUGUUUUUCGUAAAAUUAGAUUUAAAAGACAAUCUUGUGUUGAAUUCCAGGAGACCUUAAAAGAUUUUUCUGUAUGUCUGAAUUUUUUUCUUAAUUAAUGAAGAUUAUGUUGUUUAUUCUCUGUUGUUUGAUUUAAGAUAUAUUUUGAGUUUUUUGAUUUUAGAGUUUAGUUUAAGUUGAGAUUCUGGAGGGUUGUGUGGGUUAUGUUUUUAACACAUUGGUAGAUGUGUUUCUGCUUAUAGUUUAGGAUUUUUCAAGGUUUUCCUCAUUUGUCUGUAAACUUUAAAAAAUUAAUUAGUAGAAUAUGUAUCAGUAAAACGGCAUUGCUCUUUCUCUCCUUUUCAUACUUUGGUUGUCAAUAAAGUCCCAAAUAAUCCAAA